GUCACCUAUGGUACCACGGCCAGUUCCUGCGAAAAGGGCUCUAAGUGGAGCCAUGCAAGGCAUCUGCUGCAGAGGGCGCUCCAUGAAGAACUGCAAAUGGACGUCAUCACCUGGAAUUCAGUCAUCAGUGCCUAUGCGAAGUCUGCAGUCUGGCGCCAGAUGGUGCCAUUAUUGGCACAGCUACGCAAGAGGGGUCUGCAACCCACGACCAUUACGUACAGUGCCGCUAUCAACGCACACGAAGCUGAGGGACUUUGGGUU